GAAUAAUACAGAGCAGCCGUAUAUAAUACUGAAGGAUGUGUGCGGAAACAACAUUGGAUUCAAUGUACCUGGAUAAUCUGGAUGAAUUCAUAAAUGACGAGGGAAAAGUCGUCACUUGCAAGACACUGUGCUUGACGUUAAAGGUUCAUGUGAAUGUUGCAAAGCAAAUGCUCUAUCACUAUGUGACAAAAAAGCGCAAUGAAGAUAAAGGUGAUGACCUCUGUGUUACUUAUGUGGUGUCAGGUGUUGUAGCUGGAAAGAAUGAACAACCAGACAUGCAGAAGGUUUUGCUAGUUCGAGAAGAAAACUUGAAUGCUGUUAAAAGUACCAUGAAGAAAGUCGUAUCUGUCCAUGUUUACAGUAUCUCCAAAUCAAAACUUAAGGAUUUAAGUGUUUUGUAUACAUCUAACAUUGAUGAAGUGAAGAGGAAUCUCAUGACAAUAAACAGUUAUAGUGGUAUUGAGUGUUCCAAUGCCAAAACACGGUCAUCCGCUGAUCUAGCCAAACUCCAGCAGCAGAAUGCAUAUCGUGAUCCCGAAGCACUACCUGCAUCAGAAGUAAAAAAAGUCCCUAAGGAAAAGAGCAAACCUGAGCCCAAAACAAACAAGCAGGCAAAAAAGCCUAACAAUCAGAUUGCCUCAAUGUUUGCCCGCCAGGUUGUUAAAUCAGAAGUGCAGAAGGAUGAAAAGAAAGAAGAAAAGACAACAGCAAGUAAGCAUCCUUCUGCUAGUUCUAAAAAGAGUGGGGGAAUAUCAGCUUUCUUCAACAAAGCACCUACUUCUAAACAGUCACAAAACCCCUGA